AGUUGGCAGAGCAAACAUUAGCCAAGUGUACCAGGUUUUCCACGUGUAGUGAGCCUGAGCUCGAGCUCUGAGCACUGGCGAUGGCCAUGACUUAAGGUUAACCACAUCAUUCUUCAGUCUUCACACCAUAGUCCCGCAAACGUCGACCCACAGUCCCACUAUCCUCGCGCGAAGCCAUGGCUGAUCGUUUCUUUCCAAAUGUUAUGCCAGACUACGUUGCAGAAACCCCACCAACCCAAGAAGAAACACCCGCCCAAGGAGGGGAGGACUCGCUUAUCAAGCUUCUCUCUAUGCCCUUUUCUGCACUCUCUCAGAGGCUCAAACGAACAGCUCUCGAUCUCAAAGAAACCGCUGUGAUAGAGACUUGGGGACUCACUGGGCACCAUGUGCGAGACUUUACCCUCUAUUCUGGGGUUCUUGGGACAGCUUACUUGCUGUUCAGAGCGUAUCUAGUUACUGCCAACAAGACUGAUCUGGGUCUUUGCUCUGAGAUUGUGAAGGCUUGCGACUCUGCUUCUUUUGGUUCAAGGGAUGUUACAUUUAUAUGCGGACGAGCUGGUGUUUGUGCUCUUGGUGCUGUUGCAGCAAAGCACAGUGGUGAUGAGCGUUUGAUGAAUUACUAUUUAACUCAAUUUAACGAGAUCAAACUGCCACGAAGUCUCCCUGAUGAGUUAUUGUAUGGGAGAGUUGGGUUCUUAUGGGCGUGUUUGUUCUUAAACAAACAUAUAGGCCAGGGAACAGUUCCUCCUACCUACACUGGAGCAGUUGUAAGUGAAAUUAUCAAGAAUGGAAGACGAUUGGCUAACAAGGGAAGAUGCCCAUUGAUGUUUGAAUGGUAUGGGGAAAAGUAUUGGGGUGCUGCCCAUGGCUUGGUGGGGAUUAUGCACGUUUUAAUGCACAUGGAAUUGAAAAUUGAUGAGAUUGAGGAUGUUAAGGGUACUCUACGAUACAUGAUUAAGAAUCGGUUUCCAAGUGGGAACUACCCUGCAAGUGAAGAAGAUAGAAACCGGGAUGUUCUUGUGCACUGGUGUCAUGGGGCUCCUGGAGUUGCUCUCACACUUGCCAAAGCAGCUGAGAUUUUCGGAGAUGAUGAAUUUCUGGAAGCAGCUAUUGAUGCAGCAGAGGUAGUUUGGAAUUGUGGGCUGCUCAAGCGAGUUGGGGUUUGCCAUGGCAUUAGUGGGAAUGCUUAUGUGUUUCUCUCACUGUACCGACUGACAGGCAAAAUGGAGUUCUUAUACAGGGCCAAAGCAUUUGCUUGCUUUCUACUUGAUAGAGCUCAUAAACUUAUAUCAGAUGGAGAGAUGCAUGGAGGUGAUAGCCCCUACUCACUUUUCGAAGGGUCAGGUGGUAUGGCUCAUCUUUUUCUGGACAUGAUCGAACCCUCUGAGGCCAGGUUCCCAGCUUAUGAACUCUGAAAAUUUAUAUAUAUCAUGGAGGAGAAAAUUUAUGUAAGAAAUUACUUUUGUCUUCAAAGCUCAGCUCUUUUAGAAUGCAUGUAAGAGGUAAAUGUCUUGUGCAUUUUCAUAGAGUGUGUCAUAGGAGUUGCUUGCUUAUAAUUUCUCUGGUCAUCAAUUUCAUUUUCACAGAGUUUGUUCUAUCAUGAAUCACUGUAGGAGAGAAAACAUUAAUAACUAUGAAUGAUCAUAUCUUUUCCAUUCA